CUUUCUUCUUUUUUUUUGUCUCGAACCCGCCUUUCCUGUGCUCGAACCCGCCUUUCUUCUUUUUUUUUGUCUCGAACCCGCCUUUCUUGUGCUCGAACCCGCCUUUCUUCUUUUUUUUUGUCUCGAACCCGCCUUUCUUGUGCUCGAACCCGCCUUUCUUCUUUUUUUUUGUCUCGAACCCGCCUUUCUUGUGCUCGAACCCGCCUUUCUUCUUUUUUUUUGUCUCGAACCCGCCUUUCUGUGCUCGAACCCGCCUUUCUUCUUUUUUUUUGUCUCGAACCCGCCUUUCUUGUGCUCGAACCCGCCUUUCUUCUUUUUUUUGUCUCGAACCCGCCUUUCUGUCUCGAACCCGCCUUUCUGUGCUCGAACCCGCCUUUCUUCUUUUUUUUUGUCUCGAACCCGCCUUUCUUGUGCUCGAACCCGCCUUUCUUCUUUUUUUUUGUCUCGAACCCGCCUUUCCUGUGCUCGAACCCGCCUUUCUUCUUUUUUUUUGUCUCGAACCCGCCUUUCUUGUGCUCGAACCCGCCUUUCUUCUUUUUUUUUGUCUCGAACCCGCCUUUCUUGUGCUCGAACCCGCCUUUCUCCUUUUUUUUUGUCUCGAACCCGCCUUUCUUUUUUUUUUGUCAUGGACCCGCUUGGUGUUAUCAUGAACCCGCCCUAUGUUUUGCCCCAAAGCUCCUUGACAUCGUCCUAAUUUUUCUUUUUAUUUGCCUCGUAGCUCAAUGGAUUCUCAUGAGGAAAACCAGGCGCAUCAGUGCAUGGACUGCGAAGGGAAAUUCAGCUCGAAAAAACAUCUGAAAGAUCACCGUGAUGAUUAUCACAGUGAGGAAUGUUGUGUGUCUCUCCCUAAUACACAAGGUUUUGAUCUUCCUCACCGAAUUCAUCGCGUAGAUGGUCAUUUUACUUGUCCUCUUUGCCAGAGGAAAAUUAGGACUACACGUGGGAUGAAAAGCCACAUUAAGUUGAGAAGGUGCCAGGGUAAGGCUGAUGAUGAAGGUGAUGAAUCAGCAGGCUCCCAAGAAACGGGACCAGCAACCCCACUCUCUUCCAAGAGAACUUUCGAGGAAAUGGUUUUUACUGCUUGCGGGGGCAGUUGGAUGCAACAGACCAUGAGAAAAAGAAGACGUUAUUAUUCACAGAGUGUUUUGAACUUGCACCAAUUUCUCUAAUCACAAAAUCAGGCGUCAAUCACACCCUUUUGGGACAUGUUCCAAUCCUCGACGAGCUGUCGGCUGAUAGCCCAGUGGCUUUAACCGUUGCUUCCACACAGUUGU